UCGCCCUUUCGCUGCCAUCGCAGCUGACGCCAUCUUGGGGUUGAUCGGAGGCGGCGGCGCGGUGUCCCCGGUCGGUGCCGGCCCGACGAUGAUGUAGUUUCGAGACCUGGAGCGGGGUUUAAUUUAGGUUCUGGGCCUCCGCUCGGUGACGGUGACCUCGCUGCGUGGGGCUGGCGGGGGGCAGAGCAAUGCCCGCCGCGGCGCACUGAGUCCCGGCCCGGCCGGGUGCCGAUCCCCGGCGAGUCCCCGCUCGGCGCUCCGGCGGCCGCCACGGUUGAAGCGAUGCGGCUGUGAGGACAGGUCGGAACCCCGAGUGGAGCGAAGCUUCAGUCAUGGGUUGCAUUAAGAGCAAGGAGGACAAAGAGCCAGCCAUGAAGUAUAAACCAGGUGAUGCUACUGGAACUGUUGCUGCAAAUAUUACUCAGUAUGGUCCUGAUCCCACCCAAAUGACACAAUCACCAGCAUCAAAGGGACAAUCUGGUAACUUCAACAAACAUUCCAUAACACCGUUUGGUGGAUCAGCUGGUAUGGCACCAUUUGGAGGUGCUUCUUCGACAUUUACUGUUGUUCCCACCCAGUACGCAAGUGGUGUUUACAGUAUAUAUUUCAUUGAAGGUGGUGUAACAAUUUUUGUGGCCUUGUAUGAUUAUGAAGCAAGAACAACAGAAGAUCUGUCUUUCAAAAAGGGUGAAAGAUUUCAGAUCAUAAAUAAUACAGAAGGCGACUGGUGGGAAGCCCGAUCUAUCACUACAGGAAAGAAAGGUUACAUUCCUAGCAAUUAUGUGGCUCCUGCUGACUCCAUCCAAGCAGAAGAGUGGUAUUUUGGUAAAAUGGGUCGUAAGGAUGCUGAGCGAUUGCUAUUACAUGCUGGAAAUCCACGUGGCACAUUUUUGGUUCGUGAGAGUGAAACCACAAAAGGUGCAUAUUCCCUUUCAAUAAGAGAUUGGGAUGAAGUAAAAGGUGAUAAUGUCAAACACUACAAAAUCAGAAAACUCGACAAUGGUGGCUAUUAUAUUACGACAAGAGCACAAUUUGAGUCACUACAGAAGCUGGUGAAACACUACACAGAUCAUGCAGAUGGUUUAUGCCAUAGAUUAACUACUGUGUGUCCUACUGUGAAACCACAAACCCAGGGACUAGCUAAAGAUGCAUGGGAAAUUCCUCGGGAUUCCUUGCGUCUGGAAAUUAAACUUGGACAAGGUUGUUUUGGUGAAGUGUGGAUGGGAACUUGGAAUGGAACCACAAAAGUGGCAAUUAAAACACUAAAACCUGGUACCAUGUCUCCAGAAGCUUUUUUGCAAGAAGCUCAAAUCAUGAAGAAAUUGCGUCAUGAUAAACUUGUACCGUUGUAUGCUGUUGUUUCAGAAGAGCCAAUUUACAUUGUAACAGAAUACAUGGCAAAAGGGAGUUUACUGGAUUUUGUAAAGGAAGGCGAUGGGAAAUCCCUGAAACUUCCUCAACUUGUUGAUAUGGCUGCACAGAUUGCUGAUGGCAUGGCGUAUAUUGAACGAAUGAACUACAUCCACAGAGACCUAAGAGCAGCCAACAUCCUUGUGGGUGACAAUCUUGUAUGUAAAAUAGCAGACUUUGGCUUAGCACGGUUGAUUGAAGACAAUGAAUACACAGCAAGACAAGGAGCUAAAUUUCCCAUCAAAUGGACGGCUCCAGAGGCUGCUUUAUAUGGACGGUUUACAAUCAAAUCUGAUGUGUGGUCGUUUGGAAUUCUGCUGAUAGAGCUGGUUACUAAGGGAAGAGUACCAUAUCCAGGUAUGGUGAACAGGGAAGUUUUGGAGCAAGUGGAACGGGGCUACAGAAUGCCUUGUCCUCAGGGAUGUCCAGAGUCUCUGCAUGAGCUCAUGAAACAGUGUUGGAAGAAGGAUCCUGAUGAAAGACCAACUUUUGAAUACAUACAAUCCUUCUUAGAAGACUACUUUACUGCUACAGAGCCCCAGUAUCAACCUGGAGAUAAUCUAUAAACAAAGUCAACUGCAGUAGGCUGUUGUUCUGCCAAGAUUGUAGAUGUCUUGCUUCUCGACGCUGAAUCAACACUAAUAGCCAAUUCGGAAUGCCACUAUGCGGUUGCACAGAACCACUUUUUUUCUUGAACAUGUAUCAUCAUUUGCCAUUUCACUUCAGGGUACUAAGGAAAUUUUUAUGAACUCCAAUUGUUUUUAGGUUAAAAGGGGUGUAGGAACAACAGAGCCCAUGUUUUUAAAUGUGAAGAGAUACAAUCAUGUAAAACACUAAUCUAAAUAUUAACUAAAAUCCACUAUUUUUGAAGAGGAGUAAGUCUUUAACUUUUUAGACAAUUAAUACAGCAGACUGAUAGACCUCUUGGGAUUAAAUUUACCCAGGUCCGUUUAUAGUGAGUGCAAGAGUUGAUCUAGUUUGGCAGACCUCAGUAAUCAGAUGACUGUAAGCGUGAGUAUUGCACUGUGUUCAAUACUUCUACUGAUGUAACUGGAAAUGCAGCAUAAGAUUUUAAAUUUUAUACAUAGUUUUGAGUUUAAUUCAGAAAUCAGGAAAAUAAUGAACACGUUUUGUAACUUUAUGAACUAAACUACAAUCUUUUAAACUUGAAAUCAUGUAAUAUUAGCUUGGAAAUAGGUAUGGGGUGCUUUUUGGUUUUUGGGAAAAGUUGAUUUCAGAAGAACAAUUUCCAGUAGUGACUGUAAAGGGCUUGAUAUUUAAGGAUGUAGCUUAUUUCUACUAAAGAAAAUUAGAAAUCAUAAGCAAAUUAACCAUAACUUGCAGAUUCAGACAUAUCAAGCAAUAAUUGACGCAGUGUUAUUGCUGCAAUGUGAUAGUGACCAAGGUAGAAAUGCCUAUCAUGUGAACAGCAACGCUAAGUUUAUUAAGGAUAAAUAAAAACAGAAUGCUGGAACUACUCAGCAGUUCAGUAAAUUUAUUAUAUACUGUGGGAGUAAUGUUGAAAUUUAGUCAUGACCUUAUCAGCACUGAAGCACAAUUCCCUGAAGGUGGGCAACAGCAUUUUCAGAUAAGUCUAACUUCCAAAUGUUUACAGAACUUGUUCUAUCCAUGGAAAUUUUUCUAAAGAGCAUAUCUUCUUAAUCAGUGCCAUCAAUUGUACAUUUUUUCCUUCAGUAUAUUUUGUGAUAGUUUUAAAUCUGUAUGAAAUCAUAGAAUCUCUAAUUUUUGUUCAUAACCUUUUUGAAAAUAACCAAGCCUGAGUGUUUGUUUUCUGUACUAAUUUCAGAUCUCCUUUGCCAGAAAGCUUUCUGAUGAUUAUUUUCAUUAAUGGACUGAAUCAUUCCUGUAACAACAUUUGUACAGUAAAUAAACACUAAUUUGUGUUAUUGCUUUACCAAGAGAGGGAAAAAAUGGCUCUUUUUUAGUUAUUUCCCAUUUCUCUUAAUUUCCUGUAUCCUCAAGCAAAAUACCGUAAUGCAAUAUUAAAUUUUCUAUUUUGUUUCAUUUA